AUGACGAAGAAUAACUUAGCGAUUCAUCUCAAAUGGUUGAUAACCCAAGGGAAACCUCUCUGCAAUCCUCUGGCUCAAACUAGCCUGCCUGAAGACAAUCACGUAUCGCAGCAAGCAAUUUCCCCCGCCGACGAAUCCGCGACUCUCGAUGAUAUCCUUGAAGACGUGGAGGAUGAGACGGAUGUAUCAAUGGCUAGAUUGCUACCCCAAUCGGCAAGCAAGCCUCGAAUGCUGAGCCGACACGACGCGGUCCCCACCAGCACUCCAUCCACUACAAAGAAACGGGCUUCGCCGAAACAAUCAAGCAUAGUGCGAGAGUCUUUCCGAGACCCACCAUUAUCAUCAUACAAACCCGCCUGCCAAAAGUCACUUCCAUUGCGACCAGAUAGUUUCCACGCACCUGGACGUGAUGAUAUUGAAUCGAUUGAUCUGACAGGAGAGCUUGAUCAAUCCAUAUUAUCAUCCUCAGAUACUAUCCCAGCCAGUGAGCACCGCGUAUCAUGGGCAGAAGAAAGCACACCAUCCGGAACUCGUGAGAAACGCGGCAAAAAGCGCAAAAGCGAUGAGUACACAUCCGAUCUUCUUUCCCCAUCGAAACAUGCGACCAAGAUUCGAACUCCCUCGAAAUCGGCUCGGCCUCCCGCCGUUAGAGACGUUGUAUCGGAAAAGCCCACCAUCGCACGUCAACCAACUCAAGCAACUCACACGAAAACCCAAAGCGCGACAAAACGACCUGAACAUACUUCACCUGUUCCCCCACAGAGCCAUCGAAAACGAGUGAUUGCGGAUUCAGAUGAUGAUGAGGAUCUCUUUGACGGCUGGGUCGAUAAUGAAGAUACAGCCGAUAAGAUGAUUCUGGAUGCCGAGGAGAGUCUGUACCCAAUACUCCCCGCGAUGAGUCCAGCGGCGGACGAGGAAAAGGUCGAGAUCAAACAUUCGCAAUUGGAAUCUACACCCAAAGCAGCUUUUCCAACUGCGCAACCGUCAACUCGGCCGAAGAAAAGGACAGCUGCUAAAGACCCCAUACCGUCAACACCUUGGUCGAAGCCGUCCAACUCACCGGAAAGAGAUCCGGACCUUGUGAAGUUUUUGGCCCUUGGGAACAAUGCUUUCGCGCAUGCAAUCUCCAAAUUGAGGUCUACUCUGCAGAAGAAUUCUGAGAUAGUUUAUCAGCAGGCCAUGGAGGGUCAACCAGUCCCAGAAUUGAUUGCUGAAAACAAGGCUCUUGUCGCUCAGAUCGAGGUAAUUGAAUCGCUACAGAAGCAUCAAAACUCGCACAAGGGCAGUGUUUCUCGUAAGCAAGACUUGAAGCAGAAUCUGAUACAUGCGAUUUCACAAGGUCUUGACCCAACAACUAUGCCAGAAGAGCUUGCGCAGAGUCGAGCAGUCGAGGCAGAGUUGGAGCAAACCGAAAGAGAAAUCUGCCAGCUUCUAUCCCAAGCCGACAUCCUCGAGUUGGCACAUGAUUGUCCAUCCGACCCUUCUCCCCAGAAAUUUACUCAGCCUACCUUCGAAGCUCACGCAAUCACCCGGGGGGCCCCUCUUUUCUCUUCUUCGCGGGCCGACCUGAACACAGCCCAACAACGAUCAUCAUCAACAAGUCCUAGAAAGACCAAAGAGACACAUCGGCCGGAUACCUAUGAGAACUGUGUUUCUCGGAAUAUGGGCUCCCCGCCGUUGGGUUCGAUGGAUCUUGAUGAAUUCGACUGGAAUGUCAGCGACGAUGAGAUAUUGGAGGCGGCAGGGGGCUUCAAUGGUGCUCAUUCGAUACCUGUUCUCGAGCAAGCCAGUCAAACGCGCAAAGUUUUCGCAGAGACCUCCGGCAACAUCCUCAAGGCUCCCGUCCCGAAGAAGUCGCCCGGCCAUAGCGCCUUCUGGUCAAACCAUCCAUGGUCUCAAGAAGUAAGGAAAGUGUUGAAAGAUCGAUUCCACCUCCGCGGAUUCCGACCUAAUCAACUUGAAGCCAUCGAUGCAACACUUGCCGGUAAAGAUACCUUCAUUCUCAUGCCUACUGGAGGAGGAAAGUCGCUAUGUUAUCAAUUACCUUCUGUGGUUACGGGCGGACGCACCACUGGAGUGACGAUCGUGAUAUCUCCGUUGCUGAGUCUGAUGGAGGAUCAAGUAUCACAUCUCCGGAAGUUGAGCAUUAAAGCCUUUAUGGUUAAUGGCGAUACCAACCAGGAAGAAAAAUCGUGGAUCAUGAGCCAGCUCUCAAAUGGAGGUGGCGAGGGGAUGGAGGUCCUGUACAUCACUCCUGAGAUGCUCAGUAAAAGCCAAGCCUUGAUCAGAGCCCUAGAGAAGCUUCAUCGAGCAAAGAGACUAGCACGUCUGGUCAUCGACGAGGCCCACUGCGUUAGCCAAUGGGGACAUGAUUUCCGACCUGACUAUAAAGAGCUAGGAGAGGUUCGAGCCAGGUUUCCUGGUGUACCUGUUAUGGCCCUCACAGCCACCGCCACUGAGAAUGUCAAAGUUGACGUGAUGCACAAUCUCAAAAUAACCGAUUGUGAAGUGUUUUUGCAGAGUUUCAACCGUCCUAAUCUAACCUACGAGGUUCGGUCGAAGGGAAAGAAUGAUGAAGUUUUGGCCAGCAUGGCGGAAACCAUUACAAGCUCAUACCGGAAUCAGUGCGGAAUUAUCUACUGCCUCUCGCGAAAGACGUGUGAUAAAGUUGCAGAAGAUCUACGAGAGAAAUACCGCCUCAAGGCACUCUCUUAUCAUGCGGGUAUGGCUUCGAAGGCAAAAUCGGAAGCUCAGAGUAAGUGGCAGCUGGGCCGAGUGCAUAUCAUUGUUGCCACUAUUGCAUUCGGAAUGGGAAUUGACAAGGCCGAUGUGCGAUUCGUCAUGCACCACAGCAUCCCAAAGAGUCUCGAGGGUUAUUAUCAAGAAACCGGUCGUGCUGGUCGAGACGGCAAGCGUUCUGGCUGCUAUCUUUACUAUGGCUACAAAGAUACAGCAACUUUGAAGCGUAUGAUUGAUGCAGGAGAUGGCAAUGGUCAGCAAAAAGGCCGUCAAAAGCAGAUGCUGCGAAAUGUGGUUCAAUUUUGUGAGAACCGCAGCGAUUGCAGACGAGUGCAAGUCCUCGCUUAUUUUGCAGAAUACUUCCGCCGAGAGGACUGCAACAACACUUGUGACAACUGCAAGUCUGAUCUGGUGUUUGAGCUCCAUGACUUUACCGAGCAGGCAUCCUGGGCCAUCAAAAUUGUGAGACAAUUUCAGAACACACAGGAGAAGGUGACUGUGCUCUACUGCUGUGACAUACUUCGUGGAGACUGCAAACGGCCUAAAGCUCCAGAGCAUCGCAAGAUGCCGGGAUAUGGAAAGGGAUCCGACCUCGACCGUGGAGCAGCCGAACGUCUGUUCUACCGGUUGUUGGGCGAAGAUGCAUUGGCCGAAGACAACGUGAUCAAUAAAAGUGACUUUGCUGUUCAGUAUCUCAUUCUCGGCCGUCGUGCAGCAGAGUAUGAGAGUGGCCAGCGGCAAAUGAAAUUACAGGUUCGUGCCUCGCCAAAUAGUAAGACCAAGGCCAGGAGCAAGCCCACGGGUGCCGUGCAGAAGAAAAAGUCAGGCAAUUCAAGUGGCGACCCCCAGUCCACCAUGGUCUCUUCUCCGGUGCAAGCUGCUCAAGACCGUCGUCUUGAUCGUUAUCAAUACACCGGUGCUCCAGCCGCACAUUUCUCAGCCGGUGAGGAUAGUGAUGGCUUUGAACCGAUUCGAACGACUGGCAAAUCUCGUCGCACAAAUACACGUGAGAUGGGUCCUCCAAUCACCAGCGAUGAGAAGUUGGAUCGACUUGAUCAUAUGCAUCGUGUAGUCGUGGAGGACUUCCAGGAGCAUGCUAAAAUCAUGCUUCAAGACCUUGUUGUUAAGAAGGGACUUCGGUGCCAACCGUUUUCUGAUCAGGUGCUACGCGAUAUGGGAAUAUCCUUCCCCAAAAGUAAACACAUCUUUCUCGAUACAUUGGAGGACCUAGUUAACAACGAAAUAGAUCUUACCGAGCUUUCUGCGAUCCCGGGUAUCGAUCCAGACAAGGUACAACGCUACGGCCGGCAGAUCCUGGGGUUGGUUGAUAAUGCAAAGCGGCGCUACCUGGAAAUGACGCAGGAAGCAGAAACUAGCGGCGUCGUUCCGGAUCCCAACCACCAUAACGUCAUCAAUCUCAGCAGCAGCGAUGAGUAUAGUGACGACGACUUGUUUAUGGAUGAGGUUUCUGCCUUUAAUCUGGACAAUCCUGUCUCGACCGCACCCAAUAAUGCAACCGAAAACAUCACAAGCCGCUACUUCCCUCCACCAGCAUCUCCGGGGUAUGACUCUGGUGACGACUGGGAAUCUGGCACUGCGCCUUCUGGCUCCAAGAGUCGCAAGCGCCAGCCUGCCAGUGGCAAGCGACCUGCCCGACGGAAGCAUGGCUCUACUGGCAGCUGGAAGGGCAAAGGCGCGCGAACAAAAGCAAAAUCCGCGGAUCGUUCUACAAGCCAGUCUUCUGCCCCGCGAAAGAACGCCAGGGCCAAAAUCCCCAAGUCCACGAUUGGAAUGAUGCCUAUUUGA